AGAUUAAUUCCUGAUUGAUGUGAAUUGAGACUCUUCGAAAAGAAGGAAGAUGUCUGGAUUUGGAGGUGUUUUGGUUUCUGAUCAAUUGCUUCAAAGUGAGUUCACUCAGGUUGAACUUCGUAGUCUUAAAUCCAAGUUCUCAUGGAUGAAGGCUAAAAAUGGUAAAGUUACAGUGGGAGAUCUACCAGCAUUGAUUAUGAGACUGAAGAGUAUGAGUGAAACCUUCAAAAAAGAGGAGGUACACGCAAUUCUGAAUGAUCACAAUGUUGAUUCGGAUCUGAAUGAUUUUAUUUCUCAUUUGUAG